AUGGUAGCAGCAACCGUGCUGCAAAACACUUCGGCUGUUUGUGACGGAUAUGCCCGUCUUUUUAAAACGUUGUGUGAUUAUGCCGGUCUGCGCAGUGCCAUCAUUACAGGGUUUGCAAAAGGUGAUUUAAGCAGGCAGCUGAAAUUCCGUUGCAAUCAUACCUGGAAUGCAGUGUACAUUGACAGUGCCUGGCAUUUGCUGGACAUUACCUGGGCAAGCGGCUACACCAACUACAGGGGCGAUGAGUUUGUAAAACGUUUUGAUGACACCUAUUUUCUGGCGCCGCCGGAAAACUUUAUCAAGGACCAUUUUCCCGACGAUCUGCGCUGGACGCUGAUGCAAAAACCGCCCCUGCCGGGAGAAUUCAAUAGCAGUCCGUAUAAAAAUAAAUCGUUUACCAAAUACAGUAUCAGUGCUUAUGCACCUGGCGGUGGCAUCAUAGAAGCCGCGUUGGGCGAUACGGUUGAAAUUAUGCUGGAAUCGUUUAACCCACAGGCCGACAGCAGGAUGGCUGCCGACACAGUGACAGCGUUUGACAGCGUAUUGCAGCGCUUCGUUCCCGGCAUUGCCCUGCUGGAACCUGUAAAUACCAACAAAGACAAAACCCGCCUGCGUUACCAGUUUUGUGUUGAAAACACCAAUGUUCAAUGGCUGCACGUGCUUUACAAUCACGACAACAUACUCCGUUACCGGCUUAAAAUAAGCAAGGAAAGAACCAGCCAGGCCCCAGGUUUUGUUAAAGGACCCGUGCCCACCACUUUUUAUCCCUGA